AUGAAAUUUCAGCUCUGGAUCACUAUUUUGUUGAUCAAGCUUGUUGCAAGUUAUGAAACUAGCCAAACUUCAGGAAAAGUUAGAACAUCAAAGAUAAUUGAGAAACAAUCUCCUAAGAAACAAGUUCAAUCUGUUGAAGAAGUUGACUUCAAUCAGCAUGACGUAACUUAUGUGUUGACACCAAAUCGGUAUAUGGUUCAUAAGUCUUUACUCGAUGGUAGAGCCACCCAGAAAGUCAAAGGCGACGAUUGGUACGAAUUUGAAUUUGACUUCGAUAAGACUAUUAUAGGUCCACCUAUUGGGUUUGUAUCGAUGGAUCGUGGGAAUACUGAUGGGACUAUCAAGUUGACCAGAAGUAAGAAUUUGGGGCUAGCAUUCUCGAUCACUUCACCUAGUUAUUCUUCCACAUUUUUGAGCUUCUUUACAUUGAGUAGAGCUUAUUCUUUGGAUAUUGCUGCAUCGGUAUCAAUUUCAGCACAAGCCAGUUGUUCUGUACCUUCAGGCAAGAUUGGAGGAUUAUAUGUAUUCGAACCUCAGGAUGUCUACGAUAUAAAGACCACAAUUUGGAAGAAAGGCAAACAUGGAUACCAACCUUUUGAUGAAGGAUUCAAACAAAAGACUUUGGUUAGAACCUUCCAGGACAGUAAAUUUGUAUGUACUGUGGAUGAGAAGUAUAUUGAAGACAUUGAAAAUGAUAUCUUCAUCAGUAACCAAGGAGAACUUCUCGAUUAUGCCAAGUUCAUCUGA